ACACUUUAUUUAAUCAACUCCUCCAUUCCCCACUUUCCCUCAUCCCAAAAAUGGCCACCACUCUCUUCUCUCUAACCUCACCUCCAUUCUUCACCUCCUCCAACCAUCUCAUCUUCACAGCCUUGGUAUUCCUCCUGACAUGCCUCAUUUUCAUCCUCACACAGAAAACCAAGUCCAGAAAACUCAACCUCCCACCAGGACCCCCUGGAUGGCCUGUGGUAGGAAACCUCUUCCAAAUUGCACGUUCAGGGAAGCCUUUCUUUGAAUAUCUAGACGAAGUGACAGCAAAAUAUGGCUCCAUUGUCACCCUCAAGCUGGGAACAACCACCAUGAUCAUCCUCGCGGACGCGAAGCUCGUCCACGAGGCAAUGAUCCAGAAGGGAGCCAUCAGCUCCACUAGGCCUAGAGAGAAUCCAACAAGAAACAUCUUCAGCGCAGGGAAAACCACCGUGAAUGCGGCGGUUUACGGCCCUGUCUGGAAGUCCCUGCGGCGGAACAUGGUGCAGAACAUGCUCAGCUCAAGCAGGAUCAAGGAGUUUCGUGGUGUUAGAGAGAACGCCAUGGAUAAAAUGAUCAACAAGCUGAAAACUGAGGCAGAGAAGAAUGAUGGGGUUGUUUGGGUUGUGAAAAAUGCAAGAUUUGCUGUUUUCUGCAUACUAGUUGCCAUGUGCUUUGGUCUAGAAAUGGAUGAGGAGAAUCUAGAGAGAGUAGAUCAGGUUAUGAAGAAUGUUUUGAUAGCUGUGGAUCCCAGAAUUGAUGAUUACCUUCCAAUUCUGAGUCCGUUUUUCUCCAAGCAACGGAAGCGAGUGUUGGAGGUACGGAAGGAGCAGAUCGAGUUCUUGGUGCCGUACAUUGAGCAGAGGAAAAGAGCAAUUGAGAAUCCAGGUUCAGACCAGACCGCGACGACGUUUUCCUAUUUAGACACUCUCUUCGACAUGAAAGUCGAAGGGAGAAAGUCUACACCGUCAGACGGGGAAUUAGUCUCAUUGAUAUCGGAGUUUCUUAAUGGAGGAACCGACACGACCGCAACCGCGGUCGAGUGGGGAAUGGCGCAACUGAUAGCAAACCCUGACAUACAAAAGCGGCUUUACAAUGAGAUUAAAAGUACUGUGGGGGAUAAGAAGGUGGAUGAAAAGGACGUUGAGAAAAUGCCGUACUUGCAAGCUGUGGUGAAAGAACAGAUGAGGAGGAAUCCUCCAACUUUCUUUGCACUUACACAUGCAGUUACUGAGCCUAUCACUUUAGCAGGGUAUGACAUACCAACUAAUGCAAAUGUUGAAGUGUACAUUCCUGCAAUUGGGAAUGACCCUACAUUGUGGUCCAACCCUGAGAAAUUUGACCCUGAAAGGUUCAUCUCUGGUGGGGAAGAUGCAGACAUAACUGGGGUCAAAGAAGUGAGGAUGGUGCCAUUUGGUGUUGGGAGGAGGAUUUGCCCUGGUUUGAACAUGGCCACUGUGCAUAUUCAUCUCAUGUUGGCUAGGAUGGUGCAGGAGUUUGAGUGGAGUCCUUACCCACCAGGGAAGGAUGUGGAUUUCAGUUGGAAGAUGGAGUUCACUGUUGUGAUGAAGAAUCCCCUAAGAGCUAUCAUCAAGCCAAGAGUAUAAUAAAUAAACAACAGCACAACAGCAGUUGUAAAUUUUUAUAUAUAUGUAAUAUACAUCAUGUUUGUGGUUGCAUUUGCAUACUACUUCAUGCUUCUACAUCCUAUCAAUUACUGUAAUAUCAGGUAGUUUUGUUAAUUUUGCUGGAUAAAUUUGUGUAAAAUGGAUUUCCCAUUGGACAUUUACCUUUUAUUUAUAUCAUCAACAUCUUUUUUGGAGCAA